GGCAGAACACAUUUCAGUACUAAGUAUUUUAGUCUUUUGAAGGAAAGAAAAGUGUCAUGUCAUUAAACUGGAAUGUCAUGUUUCUUUAACAAAAAAUGCAUGUCUUAAUUAAUUGUAGUGUUAGCAAUUUAGAUUUUUAUACAUGUUAUUAUGUUCAUUUUACACAUUAAAGCUAAAUAAAAAUAUAGUUCACUUUAUUUGCCCAGUAUUUUUUAAUUUGUGAAUUGUUCUUUCAAAAAAAAGUGUUAUUCAUCAUUAGUAAUUCCCACACUGAAGUAUUGCUCAACUAAUCUUCAAUAAAUACAUUAACUAUAUGUUACCAUCGUGGUGAAUGGUGAAAGGUCAGGUUUAUACAUGUAAAACACAAAACCCACCUCCAAAUCUUCUUAGUGUCAUACCAUUCACUAAAUAGUUGGCAGGCAUAAUUAUAUGGCAAUGACCUUAGUGAGUUUGUUUGCAGAUUCUAUUUAAAAUACCCACAGGAUAAGCAAGGGGGUUAAUACACACAAGGUUAAAGGUUAAAGGGUUAGGAUAGGAAUCAGGGUUUACAGAAUUACUCAGUCUUACACAUGAUGUGAGAAUGUUUGUCAUAAAGGCUUUUAAUAUUUUCUUGGAACUUUGUCUUCUUUAGAGUUGUUUUCUACUUGGUAGAUUCUUAAAGAUGGUAUUUACUAUAGGUGUGACAGACAAGGAGUUAAUCUGUGACAUAGCCACUGUAUCUGCCACAUCAAGGAUUUGUGGAGAGUAAGAUUAGAGUCCUACGUCGUCAUAAAUCUCUGCUUCCCAAUUUGGCCAGGUGGUAGCGGGUGGGGCAGUUGCUAGGUGUUGUCUGUGGUCUGUGGACUUGGUGAUAAAACGACUGUCUGUUCAUAUAGGGUCAACCUCUGCGGAGUAGGGACUUUUUUAGACCAGGAAAGUCUCACCUUUGGAAGUUUUGAUGCUCUUUCUUAGGCCUGGUUUAUCAUUUUUUUAAGAACCUGCUUGUCUUUCUUAAGACAAGAAACUUUUUAUGGUACUCGUCUGAGGCUCUACAUGAUGAACUACUGCUUACCUGACAUGUAUGAGAUGCCUCAUACUGGGGUAGGAGGCUACACAGUGCAGGGUGGUGGGGAGCACUGCAUGUACCCAGGUGAGGGACACGGGUACGGACACUAUGAACCCCAGCCACUGCACCAUCCGCCCUGCAUGGAGCAGGCUUGGCAACCCAGCCAGCACUACUCUUGUUCAUAUGCUGGUGGCCCUCCUGUUUUUAAGAGUGAGUUCUGCAGCAUGGAGAUCCCUCUUAGUCAUUUUCAUCAUCAGCCAGAAUAUUUCCCUGAGAUCAAACCUGACUUUUCACACCUGCAGUGGAUGCAGGGGACGCAUAAGAAAGGGUACAUUCCAAGUUACCUGGACAAGGAUGAACUAUGUGUAGUGUGCGGGGACAAAGCCACAGGCUAUCACUAUCGGUGCAUUACCUGCGAAGGUUGCAAGGGUUUCUUCAGGCGGACAAUACAGAAGAAUCUCAACCCAACCUACGCUUGUAAGUAUGAGGGGAAAUGCAUCAUCGAUAAAGUUACCAGAAACCAGUGCCAGGAAUGUCGCUUCAAGAAGUGCAUUGCAGUGGGGAUGGCAACCGACCUGGUGUUGGACAACAGUAAGAGACUGGCCAAGCGGAAGCUAAUUGAAGAGAACCGGGAGCGUCGUCGGAAGGAGGAACUGCAGAAGACGGUGUGGGACCGAAUGGAGCCCACACAAGAGGAGUGGGAACUCAUCCGUAUGGUGACCGAGGCCCAUAUGGCCACAAACGCCCAGGGCAACCACUGGAAGCAGAAGCGGAAGUUCCUGGUCGAGGAAGCUAUGCUUCUUAAUGAAAUAACAUGUAAUUUAUUCUAUACUUCUGACCAGAGUGCAGCGGGGGUGAAGGAAACUAAGCCUGAGGAAAUUGGUCAAGCAUCCAUGGUCAAUCCCCCUGAAGGAAACAAAGUGGAUAUAGAAGCCUUCAGUCAGUUUACAAAAAUUAUCACCCCUGCCAUAACCCGAGUGGUGGACUUUGCCAAAAAACUGCCUAUGUUUUGUGAGCUGCCUUGUGAAGACCAGAUCAUCCUGUUAAAAGGUUGCUGCAUGGAGAUCAUGUCACUGCGAGCUGCUGUUCGCUAUGAUCCCGAGAGCGAGACCCUCACGCUAAAUGGUGAGAUGGCAGUCACACGGGGUCAGCUUAAGAAUGGAGGCUUGGGCGUAGUGUCAGAUGCCAUCUUUGACCUUGGUGUGUCGCUGUCGUCCUUUAACUUGGAUGACUCUGAGGUGGCUCUUCUACAGGCUGUCAUCCUACUUUCAUCCGAUCGGUCGGGCCUGAGUAGUGUUGAGCGAAUCGAACGCUGCCAAGAGGAGUUUCUGCUGGCCUUUGAACAUUACAUCAAUUACCGCAAACACAAAGUGGCACAUUUCUGGCCCAAGCUGCUAAUGAAGGUGACAGACCUGCGGAUGAUCGGUGCCUGCCACGCCAGCCGAUUCCUCCACAUGAAAGUGGAGUGUCCCACCGAGUUAUUCCCUCCUCUCUUCCUGGAGGUCUUCGAGGACUGACCAAUGGAUUUUAAUGUAUGUGUGUAUGUUUGCGUGCAUGUAUGUGUACGCAUACAUCAGUGCCUGGGAACCCUGGUGGUCUCAGGGGUGCAACCAGCAGAAGGCCCGUCACAAUGAACUUUUUAUUAGCACUACUGAGUGUCACUUCAUUCCAUAGUUUAGGAGUAGCUCUCUGGUCUAGUUUGGAUGGAACCAUUCCUUACAGUGCGGGUACAUGUGAAUAGUAUUUUGUUCUCUCUUUUUUUAUGUUUUGUUUUGUUUUGUUGUUGUUAUUGUUGUGGAUAUAACCUCUCACCUCGGAUUUUAAUAUAGACAUUUUUUCUUUUUUGUGUGUUGAUGAUUGUACAGUUGUCAUAAUGGUGAUUUUAUCAACAUUUGUUCAUUCAUUAGAAACCAUGCAAAUGUUGUAUUUUCCUUCCUUUAUGUCGAAAAACUCAAAAUGGCUGCUCACCUGAUACACAAAACAAAACAUUGUUAGUGAUCCGUUAGCCUUUCUCCCACCUGCUUGACUUUACUGGACCCAUUAGUUUGUUAACAUUAACUAUCAUCUAUCUGGUCAGCAUCUGAACUGUUUCUCACCAUCUUAUUGUGACAUGACUCUCUAACAGCAACUCUUAUUCUAAUGGACAAAAGCUCACAAGACUUUGUAAGUAUCAUGGUAGCCACACAUCACAAUGUAGUAGUGCUGCAUUCCAGAGAUGAUGGAAAAAUCUGAAUUUAUGAGAAAAUCUAAAGGCAGAACUCUGCGUAAGAAACUGUGUUGCAAGAUUUGCAAAAUCACCAUUCUGAGAAGCUUUACUUGACAUCAUUGCUGCAUGGUGAUAUACAUUCUUAACACUGUGCAAAAGCACUGAAAGCUCAUUGUAAAUCCUAAAAAUCCAAGUUUGUUUUUCAGUAAUUUAUGACCAUAAUUCUGCCUUUUGUGUUAAGUAGCUAAACAAUUUUGAAAUUAUAGGAACACUGACUGCGUCUUAUGUGCUGAGCUAACUAAUUAGCAAACAUUGUUUCAUACCACAGAAACAUUAGCAGGUUAAUUACAACAGCAUACAAUGGCCAUAGCAGAAGAAAUACAAACAUAAUAAAAGGUGACAUUAAAAAAAAAAAAAGUUGAUUUUUAAACCAAUUUUGACAUAAGCAUCCAAGUGAACGUCAAGAAUGUUUAUCUGAUAAUGAAGUCUGAAAUAUGCAAGCAACUCUGCAUUUAUUGGAGAAAAAACACAUUGCAGAACAUCAAACCAAACUCCAUUAAAAUAUCUGUUAAUUUAAUCACAAGAUUUCCUCAAGUUCUAAAAUGAUCAAGUCCACAUUACAGUUUAGGUUCAGUCCACUAAGAAUUCCAAAUCUAGAUUGUCAGAGAAGUGACACACUCUUAGUGGACCUACAGGAAGCGUAUGAAAUAUUAGGCUAACAAAUUCUUAAUUUUCAAAGGGCUGCUUCUUGAAUAUUAACAAUGCUACGUUGAGGAGUGUGUGCAUUUACAAGGAGAUAAAGGGCUUUCAUCAUAUUCUAGUAAGUGUUUAUGUUUGCCAGAGACAAAAUAGAAAAGAGAAGGAGGCCAUGUUUAAUGAGUCACAGAUUUAAUAUGUGUGUAAGAUUUUUCACCAAAACUUUAUGUUUAAUAGAGCUUCUCACCAACCUCUAAUAAAACUGAUUGUUUAGAGCUUUUGAUAUAAAAGAAUGCAGUAAAUUAAAUGAUUGGCAGAAAAUAAUCUUCAUUUAUGUCUCAUUUGAUAGUUUAUUGAAUAUCUUUAGAUUCUAAAUGAUUGAUCAGACAAAAUUACUAAAAAAAUGAAGUUUAAUAAAACAAGCAAUUAACUGAUUAACCAAGAAAAUAAACGGCUGAUCGAUCGAUAACAAAAAAAAGUGUUGCAGCCCUUAAUAAAUGCAUCAUUUAUAAGCCAGUACUUGGAACUGUUCAGUUAGCUGCAUAAAAAAAAAAAAAAAAAAAGACGUUCUUCACAAAGACAAUCUUCCUUGUGUUCAUGUUUCGUUUUACAAACUGGACCACAGAAACACACAAAGGUUGUACUUCCAACUGACCUGCUAGUAAUUCAGAUUUCCAGCAUUGAAAGGAACGCAACAGUAGCAUGAAAACGAGCUUGUCCAAAAUUGCCAGAGACUGGUCAGGACAAACUAAAGCACAUAAUGACAGUGAUGUCAGAAAAAGACAAUCAUAAAGUACUUGUUUUUGUGUAUUAAUGCCACAUGCUGUGCCAAAACCAAGUGAAUGAUGCCCUCCUUAUUGAAACCCUGCUGGGCUUUCAUAGCGAUACCAAGACUUGACUGGUUAUGCAAGUGCAUGCCACUCACACUGAGUCCUUGACUCUUGUGUUAGUCCACAUUAGCAGCUUCUACAAUACAACCUAUGAGUUUAAAAUAUUCAUCUCGGAUUUGUUGCCGCACUAGUCCCACGAACAUUGUAUUUGUUUGUUGUUGUUUUUUUAAAACUCCCUGAAAAUGGGAGACUGUAUGUUAAAACAGUGACAUCAUGGUGCUAUGGUGGGUUGGGGAAAUUGGUGAUUCAACUGUAUUGUUAUUAACAUGCAGAUAGGAACAUUGUCGGUUUGUAUAACAGCCCACCACCCUCUUAUGAUGGCAUGCAUAUACACUAACACACAAACAUGCACAUAUACAGUACAUACAGUAUACCUGUAUGUAAACUGUGCACAUGCACAUAAAUGCAUAUAUGCAUGUGCCUGGAUAAGAUAUGGGUCAGACCCCACCACUGUGACCAACUGGUGGGAUGUGGAGACCCAGACACAGUAUGAUUCAUCAUCUAUCAGCAAGGUACACUGAGAAAGCUGGUGAGAUAGUGAAAACGUAGCGCCCUUUCCUUUCUUAUAUUUUAGACGCUAUGUUCUCUCUGUGUUGUCGUUCUAAAAGCCUCUCUAUGGUAAUGUCAUUUGCAAUGUGACAAAUAUUUGCUUUGUAUAUCUCGCUUUUACAAGCUUCACACUACUCCUCAAAGCAGCUUGUGUUUUUUUCUCUUUUUUGUGAAGUGAUGCCUUUUAUCAAAGCAAUAGACUUGCUGCAGUGUUUGAAUGACCCGGACCUCACACACACACCUCACAAAACUGUACAGACUCAAAAAUAAAUGCACAGACAAUCAGAGGGAGAGAACUGAUGGGGGUAUGGGCACCCAGGCUCAGGCAGCCAGGUUGACAGGCCAGGCCGUGCUGAGCUAGAGCCAUUUGGAAAAGUAAUAUUGGCCACGUUUACAUGCACCCCUGUUGUCCAUAGUCCUGUUGAAGUCGUUGCCAUGUUAAAUUAUUGAUACCUUGUGACUGAGGCUGCCAGGUGUCAUUAAUAAACCUGUUGAUGAGUAGUCCUGGUAGAAAACACACAGUAAAAAUCAAAAUGAUCUCCUACUUCUGAUUGAUAGAUAAAGUGACCUAAAAUGGCGUGUAAACAUCAGUUGACAUAGGCAACGACAAGAAUAAUGAAAAAUGGGAAAGGAAUUCUUUCAACUAUCAAUAACCAUGGGCUGGCUGCACAAACAUGAAUGAAAUAACAAAAAAAGUUUGGUCACUUUUACUUCUGCUCUGAGACUUGUCCUUGGCCCUUUUCAACCAAAUAGUCCUAGGAACUUAACUCAGGAACUAAACAAGGACCUAAAAUUCACUUUGGUGCGUUUGUGUUUUCAUUGCGUCUUAAGAACUAUGAAGAUCAGACCAGCUAAUUAAAUUAGCUAAUUAGACCUGAAGAGCAUUAAAAGUACAAUGAGAUGAUAAUGCUACCAUCUGCUUGUCUUUUGUGAUUUCCUGCUACAUGACUGUUUGAUGUUCUACCUUAGUACAGGACCACAUUAAAAGCUAACUCUCUUACCUCUUUUUUGAAUUUUUAUAGAAUUUUAGACUAGUCUCAGGAAUUCGGCUGCAUUACUUUGUUAAACAUCAAAAACACUGAAAGAAGUUCCCAGGCUAAGCCCCAGUGACCAUGCUUGCUUGCCGACAACUAUAUAUGUGUUGUAACAGUUUGAAGGCUUUUGUUUGACCAGACAGUGACAUCAGAACUUUAACUCCAUCCUGAUAGGCUGGAUUAUUAAUACGUGCUACCUCAGGACUAGGGAACUUUUUAGAUGGCGUUAACACAAACUGGAACUAUGUUCCUAGGAUGGAAAUGCAAGUAAUGUUCCUGGAAUACCGGAGUUCCUGAAAAUAUUCCUGGGUUCCUGCACAGGUAAAGGGCCACAGUGAGAGGUGAGAAACCUGCACAAAAUAAAAAUGUAAUCAAUUCAAAGAUUUAAUUGAUUCUUUUUUUUCUUUUUUGCCACUAAAGGGCAUACCACCACCAAGCAGAUGGACACACAACCCUGACUUUGUUGGCUAGAUGUUUUCAGCUUUCUUCACCAGCUAGUUAGUAAUUUGUGUGUUGGGUGUUGGGCACUUGACAGGUAGUAUAUGGGUACUGAUAAGAGUGGUGACACUUAACUAUACAUUAAACUACUACUGUACACUUUAAAGUAAAACAGUGAACUCAAAAGAGAGGUAUGAAUUGUAGGAGGCGACCACUUUUACAUUAAACAUGUAUUGCCAUUAGCGAUCACAGUCUACCCCGUGAACUUCUCCACUGUUUAUCCCCCAAAACACCACAGGGUACAUUCAGCACAAUAUCUUUGACAUAUUUCCAUUGCUUUCAACAGCUUUCCUUUAGCUGUUGCAAAUAAAGGUUUGCAGAAUAGUCCAUACAUCUCCUCUAGUGAACUUGCAGAGAGGAACUAAGGCUGAAGGUGCGUGUUGACCUAAGGAUCAGCAGGACCAAUAGCUCCCAAUUCCUGCUUAGCUGCAUGAAAUUAAGUUAGACAACAAAUCUAUGCUUAUAGAUUUUCAAGAGUAAAUGUGUGUAGGUUUGUGAAGUUGAAGAAUUUUCAGUCAAAGUGACUUUUAGUUAGUUUUAAGUCAAAGUUCGUCUCAGUUGGGGACAUCAUGUCUCUUUUUGCAGCCAGCCCUGGUUUUAUGAAAGUCACAGUAUGAAUUUUCAUUGUUAAUGGUGUUUCAGGAGAGUCGAAAAUCCUACUUGACAGAGACAACAAAGCAUACAGUUCAAAAGUUUUCUCAAAGUUUUCAUAAUCAUAAUGAGGUAGUAAACGACAUUACAGGAGUGUUCUUUAAUCAUGACAUUUCACUUUAAUAUUCAAUAGUUAUAAAUUGGUUCUUACAAAUGUGGUGCAAACUAGGCUACUGCCCAUUCACACAACUGCAGAUCUGGACCUAGCAUUAUUUGUGAGUGGUGUUUGUGGUGACCUGAUGAAUGUAAGUCUAAUAUCCACUCUCCUUUAAUCUCUGUCUUGGUCAUCAACAACGUCUGAGAGAAAUAUCUUGCUUUUUACCUGCUUCUGUUUGUGCUAGAUCAUGCUCACCAGCUAGCUGCUCACUUUGUGUACUGUUUGAGGAGGAGUUCGCUAUAGUUGAUUUAUCUGAGCUUUGUGGAUGUUGAAAACAGCCACCUAGUUAAGUAACUGAUGAGAUAGAACAUAAACAGUAAACUUGUAGGCUAUAAAACCAAAAAAGUUACCUAAAAAGAGACUCAGAUGCUUAAUCACUGCAAGUGAUCCUUAAUAUUACAAUAAGUAAUUUGACUCAUUGUUAUAGGGGUAAGAAAUGGCCCACUACAAAAUUCAUAUUCCAAAAUAGGGGGCAUAUCACCCUGAGAUGUGUAUGUGAGAGUUAGAGUAUCACCUCUUAAGGCACAAAGUGGAUAAGGGCUAGCUGAUUAGCAUGCUAACUUCUAUAGAUAUCUCUGCAACACAAUACACAUAUUAUACAAAGAACUAAAGUAAAAUAAAAAAAUGAAUUUUUGACCAGAUUAGAUCAAAAUGCAAAUUCACAUAACCAUUGCAAAACUUUUUGUAGUCUAAGAAACUAAUGUUUGUUUUUUGUAGAGUAUGUACAAAGUGGUGUUGAUGGCCGUAAGAAUAUGUUGGAUUUUUACACCUCACACAUCACGACCAUAAUUACUUGAAAUAUUAUAUGCACAGAGUUGUUGGUGCAUGUAAACAUAGUCAAUGCUGACUGGUGUUUAAGUAAAUGUUUACUGUUCCUGAAGAGGUGCCAGUACGCUGUUAUCUCUCCCACGAGUUGUUACUCUUAAGGUUACUCAGUUACAAACCAAUAACAAGAGUUGCACCAUAGAAAAGCUAUUUUACAGUACAAAGGAAAAAAGGAUGUAUAUUUUCAGACUGCAGAUUUUUUUUACGGAUGUUAUUAGCAUUAAUAUGAACAUUAUAUUGUUUCGCAUAGUUUGAAAAAUACAGUACAGUAGAGCAAGAGCUCUCAAAUUCAUUUCCAUGUCUUCAAAAAAAAACAAUGAGCAAGACAUUAUGAAUCAUAAAAAGACACUUCAAUUAGUGCAUUAGUUCUACAAUAAAAAUUUUAAAGAAAUGUUACUGUAGCUGGACCUCGCUGUCAGUACAAAGCAGCAUAGCUACACAUGAACAUGUGGGGACAACUUCUUGGUCAAAGUAUAACCAGCAUCAGAGAAAAAGUUAUCCACCAUCAACAGAGAUUUCUCUCCUUGUGUGUUUGAGUGUCCUCUUGUUCAGAUCAUCUGUUCAACACAUACUGGAAAACCGUCACAGACAGAAAGGGAGAUUAAGUGUCAAAAUGAGAUGCUGCCUUGCAGCUUGGUAACAUUGUCUAGUAAUCCAUUGUCCAGCUCUGGAAAGUGCUUUGACAUGAGUGUGGAGGAGCCCAAGUGGAAAUGAUUUUAAGCUCAUGACUGAUGAUGAUUGCAGCUACUGUGAAUUGGCUCUUGAAAAUAAAGAUGGUUUUGAGAGAA